AAAAAAAUCGAGGUUUGCGAUGCACAGCCACAAUCGAUACUAUCGAUAUUACUAUCGACGUUCUUACAGCUCUACUGCUUCACAAGACAUGAGGUUUUAGUGUUUAUUCAGGCGUAAACAUGGAACAACUUAUUACUACUAAUCUUCAAGAACGUAAAAGUCGUGCUCUUGGAUAUCGUCUUCUUAUUUGUUAUCUCAAGAAGGCCAACAUUCAAAUUUCUGAAAUUAAUGUACGACAUUGGCUAACCAAAAUACUUGAAUCAUCUUACUCUGAGCUACGGAAGCAUGCACAACUUAUAUUUACGGCGUUGUCACUUCUUAUUUCAAAAAUGCAAUCCGACGUUAAUUUAUCAAAAACAUUUGCAUCCAGUUAUUUAUCAAAGCUAUUUGAUAUGUUAUCUCAUCACAGAAUAUAUGAAAGCGAGAAAAACAUAGUUUCUCUCUUACUAACAAUUAAACAAUGCCUCAUAUAUUACCCAAAAGCGAUUAAAACUGGAAUAACAUCAAUUGAAAAAUUAUUAAUAUCAUUAUUAGACAACAAAAAUUCUGAUAUUAUACAUCAGUCCGGAGAAUGUUGGCUUUUGUUAAAGAAUAUUCCCGGUAAUACAAGCAGUGGAAAAAGUAAAGGUGCAACUUUAUGGAGAGAUUACCAAUUGUCCCUGAUAAAAUCCCUCUAUUAUUUUUUGAACAGUGAAUUUAAUAAUACAGACGAAACUUUCGAGAGUUGUUUUAUAGUCAAUUCUUUCGAACAUUUUACAUUGGAAGUUAAACAAGAUCCUUUUGAUAGGUCCGAAAUGGUUUUUCAACGAAUUUUCAAUCUUAUUGAAUUUCUCAAAAUUACAUUGAGCAAACCAUUAAUAAAUACAAAAUAUAUUUGUACCCAACAAAUACUUGGAUUAAUAAAAUAUGGGUUAAGUGCUAAAAUUCACCAAAGAAACAACGCUCGAAUUGAUGAAAAAUAUUUUGAAACUUUUUUGCCGGAGAUGCAUGUUAAGUUAAUGGAACUACUGGAAAUUCUCAUAGACAUUUGUAACACACACCUCAGGAUGGACUUCCGAAAUGUUUUAAAUAUUUUAAUGGAUGCUUUGGAAAUAACAAAAUCGCCAUUAAAAGAAGGUCAUCAAUUUCGAUUUUGCAAGCUACGCACGACAGUUUAUAGAGUCGUGUCAAUAUGGUGUUUGACCUUGAAAGAAGGAAGCCAUUCCGAAAUUAUUUCAGAGGCUGUUAUAAAAGAAAUAAUGAUCGACUUAAUGCCGCGGACCCAAAAUUCGUUUUCGUCUAUCAAGCGACAUAAACAACAUCUUGGUGAAGUAUUUCUUAUGUUAGACGUCUCCAUCGGAAAUGAAGAUAAUAACAUGCUUCGCCAGCAAGCCUAUUUUUGCCUGCAACAGUUGUUAUCAUCAUCUGGACACAUGAUAAAAAGUUUUGCUUUGAAGGACGUGCACAACACUCUUUUGGAUAUUAGUAUACAAAUGCUUUCAAAUCAGAUGACAAAGCCAUGUUCAAGUGGUAUUUGGAAUGAUCGCUUGGAAUUAUACAAAUUUAUCACUUUCUUAUCGAAAUCGCGGUAUUGUGGAUGCCCUACACCUGUGGAAAUAAUAAUAAGCCUUAUGGGCGCAUUUCGUUUAUGCGAUAACAGCAUCGAAUUAAGCCAAAACGCAUACUUUGAAGCUCUAGAGCAAUUGAUUCAUUCUCAUAAGAGCGAUAUUUAUUUUAAAGAAAAUUUUACUGAUAAUCGGUACUUAAAUUCAGCAAAUGAAAAUGUAAGAACCAAGGAACAAUCGUUGUCAAAAAUAUCCAGUCUGCAAAACAGUAAUCAAUUAUUGUCUAACCAAAUAGAAGAAGAAGAUAAGAUAGAUAAUCUUUCUCGAAAUAGCAGUGAAAGUGUCAUUCUCAAUGCAAAUUGUAGUCUAAAUGCGGAUUUAAUGAUAAUGAGCAAACAAGAACUGAAUACAAUACGUCCGGAUAAUAAUUCAUUAAAUAGAUCGAUAUCUUUUGGAAAUGGUUUUGAUAAUGAUUCUAAACAAAUAACUGCAAGGGAAAAUGAAGUCACAUUUUUACCAUUAAGCAAUGAUGUGAAAAAUGCCAAGCAAAAUGUAGAAGAUACCUGGCAGAUUUUAAAAAAUAAGAACCUUAAGAAGUUUGAGAAAAACGAAAUAUCUUUAAAAACAUCAAAUUGCAAAGACGGAAGCGAUGAUAUUAUGAUUGCAGAAUUAGAAGCAUCAUUUGUUUCUGAACUAAAAUAAUGUACAAGGUUUUAUAUUCGAUUAUAAAAAAUGUACAGAAAUAAUGGUUAAUACAUAUUUACUUCUUAUUGAUUAUGAA